AUGAAUGAUCCAAGUAAUCUUCAUUUGAAGAAGGAGCUUACUCAAAUUCGAAAAGCUGCUCGUGUUUUGAGGGAUCCAGGUACUACUUCUUCAUGGAAAUCUACCUCGAGAUCUGUUCCUGCUGCUUCUGCUUCUGCUGCGACUCCAUUGAAGACCAAUCUCAAUUCUUCUCAUGCUUCUGCUAAUGCUAACCAUCACAAAGACAAGAGUGUUUUCUUGUAUAACUGGAAUAACUCUAAAUCCAUCAAAGACGAAGAACAACGCGUUACAGAAGAAGAAGAAGAUGAAGAUGGUUCUUCAUCGCUACUUGGAAGUUUGGAGGGAUGUUUGAGCGAUGCGCGCUACGGUUGUGAUUCCAAGAGUGACGGUGGGACCAGACGAAAUCCGAAUUCGAGAAGAACGGUUCCUAUUCACGUUAGUAAGAAGAAAAAGAGUAAGAAAAAUCGUUAUUCUUUGUCGCCAUUGGUUAAUAAUGAUGAUUCUGAUGAUUAUUGUAACUCGCUUUCUGGGGCUUCUUCGCUUCUUCUUAAGCUUAAGAGUAAGAAUAAGAAUAAGAACUUGUCUAAGUUUGUUAGAAGGACUAGUUUGAAAGAGGAUUCUUCUUAUUCCUAUAGUACCCCUGCAUUGUCAACUAGCUCUUUCAAUAGGUAUCUUCGUCGUUAUCCUAGUACUGUUGGGUCGUAUACUACUUCUAUGAAUGAUGGGGAUGAUGAAAUUGAUGAGCGUUUGGAUCUGCCGGGGAGUCGCGGGUGUGGGAUUCCGUGUUAUUGGUCGAAGAGGACGCCGAAACGGGGAUGUGGGAGUUGUUGUUCUCCUUCGUUUUCGGAUACUUUGAGGAGAAAGGGUAGUAGUAUGUUGUGUGGAAGUCAGUCUAUGUAUUCGAGACACCGGAGAUCGUCUUCUUCAACUUCGCAGCCGCAGAAGCGGAGAAUGUAUUUGAGGAAUGGUCGUGGAGGAGGAGGAGGUGUUAUGCCUUUGCUUAAUAGCACUAGCAGUGGUGAUGUGAGACAAUGUUCGUCGUCUAUUGGUAUUGGUAGGAGUAGGACGGAUGAUGAACUUUCUAGUAACUUUGGGGAGCUUGAUCUUGAGGGAUUGAGCAGACUUGAUGGAAGAAGGUGGUCAUCAAGUUGUAGGAGUCAAGAGGGUCUGGAGAUUGUUCCUAUCAAUGGAGGUGAUGAAGAAGGCUCCUCCGAAAACGGUAGAAGUUUCAGCCACAAGUAUAAGCCUUUGUUCUUUGGUGAACUCAUUGGGCAGAAUAUUGUGGUUCACUCUCUCAUCAAUGCUGUUUCCAGAGGCAGAAUUGCUCCUGUCUAUCUUUUUCAGGGUCCUCGUGGGACUGGCAAAACUUCUACUGCUAGGAUAUUUGCCACUGCCUUGAAUUGUGCGGCUUCUGAUGAAGGUAAGCCUUGUGGUUACUGCAGGGAAUGUGCUGAUUUCAUUUCUGGUAAGAGCAGUGAUCUGGUGGAGGUUGAUGGGUCUAAUAAGAAAGGAAUUGAUAGAGUUAGAUAUCUGCUGAAAAGAUUGUUGGUUGGGUCUUCUUCGGCGGCCUCCUCGCGAUAUACGGUUUUUGUUAUUGAUGAAUGUCACUUGUUAACCUCCAAGGCAUGGCUUGGAUUUCUCAAGUUUCUCGAAGAACCGCCUCAGCAUGUUGUGUUCAUAUUUAUAACAUCAGAUAUUGACAAUGUGCCAAGAACAAUUCAGUCUCGAUGUCAGAAGUACCUUUUCAAUAAAAUUAAAGAUGGGGAUAUUACGACAAGGUUAAAGAAACUAUCUACUCAGGAGAACCUCGACGUCGACACAGAUGCCCUGGACCUUAUUGCCAUGAAUGCAGACGGUUCACUUCGAGAUGCAGAGACAAUGUUAGAACAGCUUAGCUUGCUGGGAAAAAGAAUCACCACUUCUCUUGUCAACGAACUUGUUGGAGUUGUUUCGGAUGAAAAACUAUUGGAACUUUUGGAAUUAGCAAUGUCAGCAGACACUGCAGAGACGGUGAAAAGAUCCAGAGAAUUGAUGGACUCCGGAGUUGAUCCAAUGGUUUUGAUGUCUCAACUAGCUGGCCUUAUUAUGGACAUCAUUGCUGGAUCAUAUGCGGUCGUUGACACCAAACCCGAUGGUUCAUUCUUUGGUGGCCGGAGUUUGAAUGAAGCGGAGUUGGAGAGAUUAAAGAAUGCUUUGAAGCUUCUCUCAGAGGCUGAGAAACAGCUAAGGACUUCCAGUGAACGCUCAACAUGGUUUACAGCAACUCUUUUACAACUUGGUUCCGUACCUUCUUCGGAUAUUACUCAGUCAAGCAGCAGCAGGAGGCAGAGCUACAAGACAACAGAAGAUGAACCAUCAAGUGCUUCAAGAGAAGUUACUUCUUUCAAGCACAAGUCAGGCCUCCAAUAUUUGUCUCAAAAAUCAACACCCACUGCUUCCCACCAAAAAGCAGUAAAUGGCAAUUCCGGCCUUCAAAUUGAUGGUUUCAGCUUGAAAUCAAAGCCGUCAAAUAGCCCAGUUAUAAAUGAUGGCUCCACAGUGGUCUCGUCUGAUGAUCUUAUAGUUGGGAAUACAAUGUUUAGAUGCAUAGAAUCUGAGAAGUUAUGCGACAUAUGGGCAUGUUGUAUUGAGAGGUGCCACUCUAAGACAUUAAGACAGCUGCUACAAGAUUACGGAAAGCUUGUGUCCAUAUCUGAAGUUCAAGGUGUUCUUGUAGCAUAUGUUGCAUUUGGGGAUGAAGAUAUUAAACUCAGGGUUGAAAGGUUUUUAAGCAGCAUUACAAACUCCUUGGAGAUUGUUCUUAGACGCAUUGUGGAGGUUAGAAUUAUCCUCUUGCCAGAUGGUGAAGGUGAAAAUCAGGUUAAUUUGCCGGGCCUAAAGCAAGCUGUGUCACCACUGGCAAGUGAGAACGAACAAAGGCGAGGAGGCCAUAUGAAUGGAAACAUGCCAUAUUCGAGUUUGCAUCAAUCUGCCAUAGGUUCAUCAGAUAUUCUGACCGAAGGAAAUGGCGUGAAGGAAAGAAGACGAGAUAAUCCAGUGCAGAGAAUUGAAUCCAUCAUUCGUGAGCAGAGGUUGGAAACUGCCUGGUUGCAGGCUGUAGAAAAAGGUUCCCCUGGAUCAUUGAGUCGGUUGAGACCUGAGAAGAAUCAAGUCCUGCCUCAGGAUGGUGCUUAUUGUGUAAGCUCAAUGGAGUCCAUGGAUUCAUUAAGAUUUUCCUCUCAACAGCAUAGAGAAGAUGGCGCAAAUAGUGAUCUUAAAAUUUUGGGCCUUAAAAAUGGAAGGGUCCUACCGAAGGAUCAGAUUGGUAAAAGGGCCGACAGUCGUCCAAUGUCCCCAAGUAUAUUGCAUGACAGCAGUUUAGCAACUAUUUCUGGAAAAGAUAACCAGGGUUAUGAAUCGGGGUCUGGAGGUAGAGGUUGUGGAUUUUUAUGUUGGAAUAGAAAGUCCAACAAUAAAAGGACAGGGAAGAUAAAAGGCACUCCAGUUGGAGGAUCGCGUAAAGCCGGGCGUUCUUCCGUGCUUGGCGAGUUUGGUAAGCGGAAGAAAAAGGAGCGGAAUAGAUAA